AUGCUUGUGCUCGACUUACCAGAUGAACCAGCACCACCUCGGCAAUACUUUGUCAGAAAUUACGAUGGGACUAUGGUUAUAUUGCCUUUUUUGUUAUUUAGGCGCUUACAAAUACUGCAGAUCAUCGUUGAUCCACUUGCUCAUAUUUGGAAUUGUUUCCUGUCUGAAGACCAACUAUCAUCUAUGUGGGAACUCCAAUUAGAUGAAAUCACAACCAGUUCUAUGGUGCUAAAUUCUAACAAGAUCAACCAGUCUCCAUCGUAUGUUCACCAAAUUGUUUUUGAGAAUAAUUGGAAUGAUAUUGAUUAUAUGAUUGUUCAGAAUGAUUUAGUCCAUCUUCAUCAAAUUAAGUGCACUAUCCCAAUAUAUAUUAAGGGUUUAAAUAUGGAAUAUUCUGUGGUAUCAGCUAGCCUAUUGUCUUUUUUGCUACAAAUACUGGAUGUUCCUCUGCUUCAUAUCGACUGA